GUACUAUUUAUUAUCUUGCUGAUAAUUUGUAUCAAGCAAGUUGUUAAUAAUUAGAGGAGGAACGAAAAACAGUAAAAUACUAAAAUAAAAUAGGAAUAGUGAUGCGUUUCUUUCUUCAUGUCAGACAGGUGAAGUCAAUGGCAAAAUGCAGUAACAGUUACGUAGUGUAGAAACAACAAUUUUUUUCAGUCGGAUUUCUAUGUCGAUCACCACUGAUCACCACCUUACUUAUUGCCGGGAGAAAACGGGAGAGUUACCGGGAAGCUUUCGUCUGAGAAUUCUUUUGUACUAUUUUUUUGCGUCAAAAUUUGGUCCACCACAUCCAUCUCUAGAUAGACCGGUGGCACAUGCUUAUCUCUUGUACCAGCCUUCACUCCCAGCCCUCAUUCAAUGGCUGCCACCUUGGCUCUCUCCUCUCCCUCCCUCGCCGGGAAGACGAGGGCAGGGUCACCAUGCGCAAGACGAAGCCUUUCUCCUCUGGCAGCCCAUGGUACAGCCCCGACCGUGUCAAGUACCUCGGCCCCUUCUCCGGCGAGCCACCAUCCUACAUGACUGUUGUAUUCCCCGGUGACUACGGGUGGGACACUGCUGGCCUCUCUGCAGACCCUGAGACCUUUGCCAAGAACCGUGAGCUCCCCACUGCAGGUGGGCGAUGCUUGGAGAACUUGGCCGACCGCCUCGCUGAUCCUGUCAACAACAAUGCUUGGGCCUGCGCCGCCAACUUUGUCCCUGGCAAGUGAGCAAUGGAGGGAUCAUCACCAAGGAGUGAUCUUGAUGGAUUGCAUUGGUCCGACUUGUAAUUGCUCUUGGCGAUGUAAGAUGGUGAAUCGUGUACCAAUAGUGUAUAUUCAAUAAUGUUCUUUUAUUCUUCAAGCUCCUAUUCUCCCCAUAGUAACAUCUUGGUUGCAGACAGUGGGAGAGGCUUGGAGUAUGAUCCAAACCUCAUGCCUCUUCAUGCAAAAGCAUACAUGAUAUAUUGAUCAUCCAGCAACAUAGAGCGAACCAAUGAUUAAAUUACAAUAUCUCAGUCUAGAGGAAAGAACCAAGACUUCUUCACACCUCAUUACAAUAACAGUAGAUUAAGUUUCCGACCUUUAUUUUGCCCUUCCGAACUUAGCAGCUAAUGAGGCGACUGGCAGAAACAUGGAAAGGAAAGGUGGAUCUGAUCAAAACAGGAGCUACUGAUUCAUAGCUGACAGAGACAGCACCAAGAUACCAGUCGCUGAAAAUAAUAAUUACAGGCAUAUAUUUCAGAAAAAAAAUAAAAAAAAUAAAUCAUGCGUUUUUCUGAAAGUUAACUUUUUUGUUAA